AACCGGAGUCUGACCAUGGUUGGGGCCUUGUGUCCAGGGACCCGGCGCGCUGAUUGGCUGAUCGUCUCGCGACCGGGGUAAGGAACCCGGAUGUGCCCAGGAGGUCGAGUUGGCAGACGAGGCUCUGGAGCUUUGGGCGCUCGUGGGGUGCGGGAGUCCCGGGUGGAUGGCGCAGGGUUGGGCGGGCUUCUCUGAGGAGGAGCUGAGAAGACUGAAACAGAAUAAAGAUCCAUUUGAACCUCAACGUCGUCUCCCUCUAAAGAAAACUCGGCAACAACUUCAACGAGAAAAGGCCCUUCUAGAACAAAGCCGAAAACUUGGACUUCAGGAUGGAUCUACCUCAUUACCUCCAGAGCAAUUGCUUUCUGCACCAAAACAGAGGCUUAACAAUCAAAAUCCUCGUUCUUCCUCUGCACUUCCUAGUCCUUUUACACUCCCCACUCCUGUUGGUAAUGGAAAGCCACAAGGUACUGAAAGCCAGCCAAGGGAACCAGGACUUGAGAAUACCCAUGAUGGACACAGAACUCUUGAGGUUCUACCUCCAAAGCCAGAUUGCAAAUUGGAGGAAAAGAAAGUGGAAUUGCAAGAAAAAUCUCGCUGGGAAGUUCUUCAACAAGAGCAAAGACUAAUGGAAGAGAAGAAUAAACGUAAGAAAGCUCUUUUGGCUAAAGCUAUUGCAGAAAGAUCUAAAAGAACUCAGGCAGAGACCUUGAAACUAAAGCGGAUCCAGAAGGAAUUACAGGCUUUAGAUGACAUGGUGUCAGCUGAUAUUGGAAUCCUCAGAAACCGCAUUGAUCAGGCCAGCCUAGACUACUCAUAUGCACGAAAGCGGUUUGACAGGGCUGAAGCUGAGUACGUUACCGCGAAGCUAGAUCUACAGCGCAAGACUGAGAUAAAAGAACAACUCACAGAACACCUUUGUACAAUCAUACAGCAAAAUGAGCUCAGGAAGGCCAAAAAAUUGGAGGAGUUGAUGCAGCAACUGGAUGUACAAGCUGAUGAGGAGACUUUGGAACUGGAGGUGGAGGUGGAAAGAUUGCUUCAAGAACAGGAAGCAGAAGCAAGGAAACAAGUGGUUUCCAUGGAGAAGCCAUGUCCAUCUGCUGAGGAGAGAAUGACAUUAGAAUUAGCUAAAGAGAACAGUAAUCCUCAUGAACAAGCUGCUUCCCCAAAGGUAGACAAACAAUAUGACAGUGCCAAUAGCAUCCCUCAUCUCAGUCCAGAAGGUCCAAACCAGGGAGUUAAUAACAUUUCAGCUGCUCUGGCCUCAUGAAGUGCCAGUGUUCUUUUCAAUUAAUGUGAUAUUACUUUGAUUGUAUCUUCUUUGGUAGAGUAUGUAUAUUCUCGCCCCUCAUAAAAGCCUCCUUAAAACUGUUAUGUUUGACUCUUCUAAAGUCCCAAAUGAUGAUAGUUUUAUAAUGAGGGGCAUAUUUCACGUUAAUUUUGGUUCAGUCUUUUUCAGUGUUUCUUUAAUUUACUAAGUUAAAAUGAAUGACUUAAAAGGAAGGAAGAGUUUUAAAAGGAAGGAAGAGUUUGAAACUUUGGGUUUGAGCCCCAGCAUUCUAAGAAUCAAAAACAAGAUAGGAAAAAAACUACAUAGCUAGAGUGUUUCUCUACCAUAUAUAUACACACACACAUAAGAAUGAUACUCAGUCGCCAAUCAAACUCAUUUGUCUUGUGGGAAAAACAUUGAGAAUGCUACUUGAUGUGAUUAUUAAACAGACACAGAAAUUACUAUGUGAAAGACUGGAAGAGAACAACAAAAGUAGUAGAUCGAAUUAUCUACAUCUUACUAGAGCUGCCAACAUGGCUUGGAAUUAUAGUUUAUGUAAAUAACCAGACAAGCUAACUUUUGCCUGUAAUUUUCCUUUAAGUGGUUUUAGUUAUAAUUUGAAUGUUAGCUGACAUAUAUACAUAUAUAAGUGUACUAUAUGUGCAUAGUUUUAAUGUAAUCCAUUUUCUUCAGUCAAUAAGUUCAAUAAGUUAAAAUUAGACAACAGUAUUUCUAAAGUGAAGGUUAAAAACAUAUGGAAAAUCUCACUGUUACUUUUGAUUAUCCAAACAAUGUCUUUUUCUAAUGUUAUCUGUUGGGCAUUAAUUAUCCUAUCACAAAGCAUUUAAAUUGUUAAAAAUGUUGAUUUUUUUUUACUUUAAUAGUUUGUUAUUACCAGUUAUUGAUACUUGCUCACUACACCAUGUUAUGUGAAUGUAUAUAUAAGAUUUAUAGUUUUGUCUAAAAUGUGUCAGUGUUACCUUAAAUUAUGAUCUAUUUAUCAGAAAUUCAAAAAAAGCAAAUAUACUUUUAAGUCUUGAAAAAAAGUUGUAGAAAAGUUAUGGGUAUCCUGUUUUUAAGUGAGUUUGUUUGGGACUAUUAUCUUCUGAUAAUGUGGAUGAGCUUUGUACUUUUAUAUAAUUUGAUUUGAAAAUGAUUUUUUCAUUACUGACUUGUCUAAAGAGAAACAUAUAGACAAUUCUGUUUUUAUUUAUGAAUAACAUAUAUACAAAUUGCAUAUAAACUGUAAGCUUCAUUACCUAAGACAUACUUAUUUUUCUAAGCAGUAAACAAGUCUGAUGUAGUUAUAGUGUGGUGUCUGUUUUACUAUUAAAAAAAACAAAUAUCAAGCAAUUUAAUAUGUAUUCUUAAGCAGCAUGUAUCACCAGUGAAUCUUUUAUUUCCUUGUGGUAGGUAAAACAGUUUCCUCACUUCACUAUGAGCCUCUGUUAAAGAAAAGUAAUUAAGAAAUGAAGCCUUACAAUAUUCCUCAAAUAUAAAUGCAUGUGAUCUCAAAUCUUGUUGUAAGUACUUGUAAACUAUAUGGAGAGUUAAAAUCGCAAACAAAAUUGGUUAGAUGAGAACUCAAGAGAUAGUCUGACUAGGCCAUCUCAUUUUAAGUUGUUGUUACCCUUUUGGUUGGGGCUUGAACUCAGGUCCUGGGCACUGUCCCUGUGCUUUUUUGCUCAAGGCUAGAGCUCUGCCACUUGGAGCCACAGCACCACAUUUGAGGCCAUCUCAUUUUAUAGUGAGAAAAUUGAAAGCCAGAAAUUUUGGUAGGAGCUUGUUAUCCAAGUAGCUUUUUAUUCCCUCCCUCCUCCCCUCCAUCCCUUGCUUUUCCCUUGUUUUCUUUCUUUUCUGUUUUUUCCUCU